AUGCACCGGUGUCAGCAAGGCGUUUGUCACGCCAAGAUGGAGCUGAUGGGAAGAGGAACCGGUGAGGAGGAUCAACGCAAUUUUAGGACGAUCUUCUGGUCCACAGUGUUGGGUGGCGGUCUAGGUCAUGAAGCAUCGGGAUCGGGAAAGAGUCACGCACGGAGACUUGAUUCAACUAUUGGUAAUCUCUGCAAGGCAGAAAAUCCUGCUCAGAGACCUGCGAAUCCGAAAACACUUCGUUUGUUGGCUCUUGAAUCCCUUACUUGA